AUGAACCCGGACAGCAUGGACCACUCCAUGCAGGAUGAUAUUCAACGACCAGCGAAAAGACCAUGUCUAUCAUAUACCCCCGACGAUGAAGAAGUCCCCGCAGAAUUUGAUCUUCCGGCCGCGCGCGCACAGAAUGACUCGCGACUAAAGUCUCUCUUCGAAGGCAUUUUCGCGAAAUAUAGCCAGGACUUCACCGGCGUUGGUGAUGAGAUCGACCUGCAGACCGGAGAUAUAGUGGUAGACAAUGGACAUCUUCUGGGCAUGCGGGCUGAGGACGACGCUGGUGAUCAUCCGCGAUCAUGGCUCUCCCAGGCUGAGCUAGAUAGGUCAGAAGACCCUGAUGCAGACGAUGACAACAACACGAGAGGAGAGGAGGAUGAAUUCUUUUCUAUGGCAUCGUCUCCUGGUGGUCGUUCUCCAGAUGCUCCACGUGAAGAAUCGCCAUCGAAACAGCUACAGACAGACAUGGAUACCUCUUUGGAUUUCGUGUUUACUUUCAAAGCAUCUGGGACUGCAGGGCUCAGUCCUACGACCAAGGAGGAACAUGCCUCCCAUCCUACCAACACUAUCCCAGCUUCCAAACCGCAAGAUCCAAUCUGGGCAGUUCCAGACUUGCCCCCGUCAUUUUCAACGCCCACCACUGAGACUCGAAAAUCGAACGUGGGCUUCUCUCCACCUGUCAGAUCUUCGUCCCCGCCAGGGAGUGGCUCCGUCUGGGCUGUGCGCAAACCUCGCAGACCACGUACAGAAACCAAACCCAAAGCUACACCGAGUAAGCGCCGACCAGCUGCGAAGCGCAAGUACCACUCUAGCCCUGUGACGCACGACUGGUCUUUUGCGGCAGUACCAGAUGGAAAUGAGUCAGAUGACCCCUUACAGGACUAUGAGCCAUCGCCGACACCAUCGAAGGUGAGAAUUAUCCGCGGGAAGCGCCAUAUUCCGACGAAAGAGAAUGAUGGUCCAUCUACUCCUUCGAAGCGACCAAAUUUCGUCAUCGAAGUCGAUGAUCGAGUCAGUGAUCGAUUCAGUGAUCCAGUCAAUGUCCCAUUCAGUGACUCAGUCGAUGAUCCAGUUGAUCCAGUCGGUGAUCCAGUCGAUGACCAAGACGAUUAUGAAAUCGAUGAUCAAGAAGCGGGGCGUGAAACGGCCGAUCAACACCACGAAGUGUCUGGAGCACACCUUGAAGAAGGGUGUUACGCACCCAACAAUCAGAUAGGUGAAGUGCCUGAACCAUGCCUUGAAGAAUGGGGCUGCGAAGUGAGCCACCAAGACGCCGGAGUGCUCGAAGAACAAGAACAACUACAAGGAGGAUGCGGAGCAAAUGAUGGAGAAAACGAAGCGGCUGGAUCUAAAUACGAAAAUGAAGUCACAUUUGAUCAUAUGGUACAUGGCGAUUCAACCCCAAAGGCGACGCCUAGCACCCAUGCCUUAUCACCACAACCCAUGGAAUUCACCCCAAGCAAAAGACGGCCUAUAACACCCGAUGAGGCAAAGUUGAUCGUGUGCAUAAUGUACAAACAAGAAAAGAAGGCCAGUGACGUGAUGCACAUGUUGCCAGGUCGCGAAUACCAGACAGUUUGGCAUUGGUUCUACAAUCACUGGACGCGCCGCCUGGCCAAUCCGCCCCCGCUUUCGGCCGCCUGGACUCAGCCUGAGCUGGCAGCUCUGUCCAGACUCAGCACCCAAUCAGAUCUCACCUGGGGUCAGAUACAGAGUCGGUUCAAGGGCCGAUCUCGACAUGAGGUCGAAUUUGAGCUGCUCCGUGCUUUUGUUGGCGAGGGAUUCACCUCUACAAUGAUCGGCACCAUGGAAGAACCACCUGAGCCGGAGGAGCAACAGCAGGAAGAAGAAACGGACGGCGAGAUCAAGGAUGAGCCAGAAUCUGAUGCAGCCGUGGAGGAAGUCAAAGAUGAGGCAGGAGAUAGCAAUGCUGCGUCCGAAGACACUGCUCAGGAAGAGCUUGAGCUCGUCAUUCAAGAAAUGACCGAGGCAACCGACAGUAAGGUGUCUGCCCCCAACAGUUUCUUGGGCAUUUUUAUAAACUCAAAAUAA